UACGGUGGCCGCGGGGCGGCGGCGACGGGCUCGGCCGGCCGGCGCGGGGGCCGCCAUGGGCAACCUGUUUGGCCGCAAGAAGCAGAGCCGGGUCACCGAGCAGGACAGGGCCAUCCUGCAACUGAAGCAGCAGAGAGACAAGCUGAGGCAGUACCAGAAGAGGAUCACACAGCAGCUGGAGAGGGAGCGGGCUCUGGCCAGGCAGCUGCUGCGGGACGGCAGGAAAGAACGGGCCAAGCUGCUGCUCAAGAAGAAGAGGUACCGGGAGCAGCUGCUCGACAGGACGGAGAAUCAGAUCAGCAGCCUGGAAGCCAUGGUUCAGAGCAUCGAGUUCACGCAGAUCGAGAUGAAGGUGAUGGAGGGACUUCAGGUGGGCAACGAGUGUCUGAAUAAGAUGCACCAGGUGAUGUCCAUAGAGGAGGUGGAGCGGAUCCUGGACGAGACCCAGGAGGCCAUAGAGUACCAGCGGCAAAUUGAUGAGCUGCUGGCCGGCAACUUCACCCAGGAGGACGAGGAUGCCAUCUUGGAGGAGCUUAAUGCAAUCACUCAGGAACAAAUGGACUUACCAGAGGUUCCUUCGGAGCCCCUUCCUGACAUAAGUCCAGAAGCCCCUGCCAAGGCCAGAUCCAGGCAGGCAGAGCUGGUGGCAGCCUCGUAACAGGGAUUCUCUGAGGACGGCCACAGAGCGUUCUGCUGCGUGUCAACCCUGAGGGCUCCCAGAAGGCCUGAAGGGCUGCGCUAGUGGCUGGAGCAGCAGCUUACAUGGGCCCUGCGUCAGGGCCACAACGCACCUUCGCAGUUUAGUCUGGACGCACCAUUGUCUUGCUCUCAUUCUGGAUUAAUGGACAUUCAGAGCCCAGCCAGGCCCGGCUUCAGGCAGCUGUGGUUCCCACCGAUACUCCUGGUGCUGUUCUCAUGGCACACCCAGUCAUGUGACCUGCUCUCUUUUCUGAGGAAGCACUUCAGACCUGGGGUCCCUAUACUUCCGACUCGUCUCUGCUGCUCACAUGAGCUGGUGGGGGGCUUCAGUUAAGGGGUUCUCACAGUGCCUGGCCUCCUGCUAUCCCUGUUUCCCUGCAGGCUAGCGGCAGAAACCCUAGGGGACUGGUGUUCUCCAAACAUCUUGGGACAUCUUUGGCAUUUGAGACUCGAGCCUCUUAUGUUUGGGGGAGGUGGACCAGGGCCACCCUGCUGAAUGGACAAAUCUAGGAGCCUGACUUGAGGGCUUCAGAGAAGACAGACCCUGCUCCAGUGGGUGUGCGCCUCCAUGGCAUCCUGCACACAGCUGCCAGUCCCAAAGCCACCAACACCCAGGAGGUGUCGAGCUUGAAAGUGACUUCCAGGGUCCUGAGCUCAUUUGACACUGGACAGUCCCUGGUCCUCGGGCCUCUGGGAACACAGGGCUACCAGGAAAGGGUAUCUCUUCCUUAACCCAAAACAGGCCAGCUCCAGUAUUAAAGCUGGCCUCUGCAUGGUCUCCUGCCUCUUGGACUUGAGUCUGUUGUUCUGGUGUGGAUCCCUGCAUAGGAGCAGUUAACGUGGGUAGAUUGGAGCACAGCCCAUGACCCAGCUGAAACAGCCCCACCCAGCCACCUUACUAGGCAAAGCCAGGGCCUGGGCGGCAGGUGCAUGGGGGGGGCUUUGGCCUCCUCCCUGUGUAAGUCUGGGGCUGCUGAGUCCCAAGGGUAACCUCGGCCAUGCCUGGCAGCUGUCUCUGAUGCAGAGGAGGGCAGGGCUCUGGCCACCUGUUCAUGCUGCAUAUCCCUACAUGGGGCUGAUGGUUCCAACGGCCAGACCCCAGGCCUGAGACACCUUGUGACGGAGAGAGACUGGUUUGCGGUCGCAGUGCACAUGGUGACAUCCUGUCUGGUAGACAACUGUCAGGUCCCCUCCACGGAGCAGGCUCGGGGCUUCUCAGGAGACAGUGGAACCUGCAGGUGGAGACUGGGAGCAGCCCUGAGACCCACAGUGUGGAUGCAGCCUCUCCUGCAGUGCCCGUGUUCACCAGGAGGGGGCUCUGUCCACCUCUGCUGCUGGAGUGCGUGGCCACACGGAGUUUUACCAAGGAAGCAGCAGUAAAUCUAGGCCCUGCAGGCACCCACACCAUGAGGUGGACACCGUUGAGGUGACAGGUGCUGCAGGCAGAACUUCAGAGGCCCAGCUAGGCCAGGCUCCACUCGGCUCUUGUGUCUGACCUGUGCUGGGUGGAGGUCAGAGAGCCCAGGGCAGCCAAGAGUCCCAUCUCGUGAAUAUAGACUCCUUUUGGGGAUGAGAUCUUACUGUGUGGCACAACUGCCUAUGUUGUCCACUGACCUCGGCCUUCUGGAUGCUGGGGUGAUGGCUGUGUACCUCUGCCUAACUUGGGGUGUAGCCUUUAGGUUUCACCCCUGACCCUGUGAGCUUUGACCUUCUUAGGACCCCCUUGCUCUAUCUCCCUGUCAGUCAGUGUAGUUGGUAUAGGUUCCGUGACAACCAUGAGCUAAGUAUAAAGCUGUGGCAGAGACAACCCCUGGAGAUGUGGAGGUGAGCAAUGGGGCACAAGUGGGGGCCAGUGGCCGGGCUGGGGCAGAGGGACUGCAGGACGAGCAGUGGUGCUCCCUGGAAGCCCCCUGAGAUGGUGGCCUAGAGAUCCAGGCAGAGGCUAACAAGGCCAGCUCAUGGGAUGAGGCACCUGCUUGGUGUUCGGCUGGCUGCUGCACAGAACCCUGGCUCAGGGAAGGGAGAUUCAGAUCCAAACUCAGAACCCAGCUGGCUGUCUUCCACAUCAGCCACUGAAGCCUUGGCACCUCAGCUCCUUCCUCUGUGAGAUCUUCAGAGCAGACUCCCCACGUCUGCAGCUCAGAGUGAAUCCUUGUAGGCCGGUCACCCGAGUCUGGCAUGGUGGCUUCAUGCUAGCCAUCCCAACACAGGGAGGUAGAGGCAGGGGCCAGCCUGGGCCACACUGAUAGGACCCCGUCUUAAGAACAGAGACUGGAAUGUGGCUCAUGGGUACAGCAGGUGGUUCCUCCCUCUCAGCCUGGGGCCAUCAGCUGGCAUCUCUUGCCUUGCAGCCUGGUAUUGGAGCAAACAGGGUUUACCCUGAGUGAUGCUAAAGGCUUUUCUCCUCUUGCAGCCUAUAUCUAAUCGCCACUCUCAAAAUGUUUUAAUUU